GCUCAAAGUCUACACCAUGAAGGUUUUCCUCGCUAUCCUCACCUCCCUCCUUGUGGGGACAGAUUGUGCCCCAAACUCGAAACCAGUUUCCACUCAUACCGUCGUUUCUACAGAUUUUGGAGAAAUUCGACUCAAUUUGGAAAAGUUAGUCAGAUCCAUAUUUCACGACAACUUCCUAGUCCUCGCUUCAAAAUACGUCCUCGGGGAGGUGACGUAUAGUGACGUGACGCCAUUGAAAGAAGACCUCCUCGCACUGGAGAAUCAAAUACACGUCGACCGAAAUUCAAAUGCUGUCGUAAAACUGACCAGCGUCAAUGGAAACACGCAUACGGUCAAAUUGGCAACAGGCUGAUUUCAUAUCAUGAGGAGGACAACAUGCACCGACUCACAAUGGAGGUCUCCCAACGUAUGCUCACAGAUUUGGUCGAAACUAGUGU